AUGACAAAGCCCCCCAGGUUUGUUGACUUGACUCACCCAGACCAUGUUUAUACAUCUCUUUUUAUUCUGCACCAUGGCUCACAUGGUAGUUAUAUUUUGGUUUACGUUGAUGAUAUACUUGUUACCAACAGUGAUCAGUCUUAUGUGGCAACUCUUCUUCAACAGUUGUCCGAGGAAUUCUCUAUUAAGGACCUUGGAAACUUACAUUUCUUUCUGGGUAUUGAUGCUUUAAAGCACUCCAAAGGCAUCCUUCUUUCUCAGUACCGUUACAUCAAGGAUCUACUUCAUCGGGCCUCCAUGACUGACUGCAAAUCCGUCAGUACUCCACUGGCAAUCAUUACGAAGCCUAUUGAUCAAGGGGGUGAUCCAAUGUCAAAUCCGACUGAGUAUCGUUCCAUUGUGGGUGCUCUCCAGUAUGUCACCCUAACGCAUUCUGACGUCUCUCUUGUUGUUAAUAAAGCUUGUCAGUUCAUGCAUGCACCCACCAUUGACCACUGGCAACUGGUCAAACAUGUUCUUAAAUCUAAAAGGCACAAACACCCAUGGUUUGUUGUUUAA